GAAAAAAAAAAAAAAACAGUGACAGGGAUGGAGAGCAGUUCAUCGGGCUGCUCGAGUGUUUCUGAAUACACCUAUUCGUAGUCCUGUAUUUGUUCGCCGAUUCUCAAUUAGCUCUGGGGGGGAGCAGCGCGCCGAACGCCCGGUUACACCGCAGGCCUUUCGCGACGAGGAAUGGCGAUGGUGAGGAGCCAUAGUGUGGCGGAUGCGAAGUAGCGGCCGGAGGCCGGACGACACGAUGGGCAACAAGGACAACCUGGAAGACGUGUUUGUCGCUGUCAUCCGUCCAAAGAAUGCCGUCAGUCUGAGCUCCAAAGAAUACAGGGCGAAAGCCUAUGAAAUUCUGCUGAUAGAAGUUCCUUUGGAAGGAAAAGAAAAGAAAAGGAAGAAAGUUCUUUUAGGGACCAAAAUACAAGCAGGAGGUGAUGCAUCCAGGUCAAUUUUGGAUUAUGUUGAUGAAACCACAAAACCCAUAUCCAAUAACCAAGGUUUCAUAGGAAAGCGCGUGGUGCACAUGAAGAAAUUCCCUCUUGAUGGUGAAAAUGCAGGGAAGGAAGCAUCUUUAUUUAUUGUGCCAAUUAAUGUCAAAGACAACAGCAAGCCCACAUACAGCCCUGGAUGCCCCAGCUUCUACUGCUUUCAAGAUAUCAUGCGUGUGUGUAGUGAAACUAGCGCUCACUUCUCUUCUAUCACAUCCAAAAUGCUCUUAGCCUUAGACAAGUGGUUGGCUGAGCAGCACAGCGUACCCCACGCCAUCCCUGCCCUGUUCAGACCUGCCCCUGUGGAGAGGGUGAAGACCAGCGUUUGCAACCCAGCCUACGCCACAGAGAGCAAGCAGUCUGAUGGAUCGCUGCACAUGGGAUACACAGCACUGGAAAUUAAGAGCAAGAUGAUGUCACUGGAGAAAGCGGAUAUGUGCAUCCAGAACCCGCUCUAUGGCUCAGAUUUACAGUACACAAAUCGGGUGGAUAAGGUGAUCAUCAAUCCUUACUUUGGUCUAGGAGCUCCAGAUUACUCCAAAAUCCAGAUACCAAAAAGAGAGAAGUGGCAACACAGUAUGAGUAGCAUGACUGAGGACAAGGAGCGUCAAUGGGUGGAUGACUUCCCUCUGCACCGGAGCGCCUGCGAGGGGGACACAGAGCUCAUCAGCAAGCUUCUGGAAAGCGGCUUCUCUGUGAAACAGCUGGACAGUGAUCACUGGGCCCCCAUUCAUUAUGCCUGCUGGUAUGGGAAGGUGGAGGCCACAAGGCUACUGCUGGAGAAAGGGAAGUGCAACCCCAACCUGCUGAAUGGGCAGCUGAGUUCCCCUUUACACUUUGCAGCUGGAGGUGGGCAUGCUGAGAUUGUCCAGCUUCUUCUACAGCACCCAGAAAUAGACAGGCAUAUAGAAGACCAGCAGAAAAGAUCACCAUUGCAAGUCUGUGAGGAGAACAAGCAGAAUGAGUGGGAGGAAACAGUGAAGUUACUCCAGCAAGCCAAUAACAAGCCAUAUGAGAAAGUGCGGAUCUACCGCAUGGAUGGCUCGUACCGCUCCGUGGAGCUGAAGCAUGGGAAUAACACAUCUGUCCAGCAGAUCAUGGAAGGCAUGCGGCUAUCACAGGAGACCCAACAGUACUUCACCAUCUGGAUCUGCUCGGAGAACCUCAGCCUGCAACUGAAGCCCUAUCACAAGCCCCUACAGCACCUGCGCAUCUGGUCAGAGAUAGUCACUGACCUGACUGUGCUGGACCCGCAGAGGGAGGCCCCCCAGCUGUUCCUGCGCCGGGAUGUACGGCUGCCUCUGGAUGUUGAGAAAAAGGUUUCAGACCCGCUGUCUAUCCUCAUGCUGUUUGAUGAAGCACGACACUGUCUCCUCAAAGGAUUUUACCCAGCACCUGACAACAAGCUCAUAACUUUGGCUAGCCUUCUACUACAGAUAAUCUAUGGAAACUACGAGAGUAAGAAGCACAAGCAGGGAUUUCUUACUGAAGAAAAUCUGAAAUCAAUAGUGCCAAUAUCUAAGGUGAAAAGUAAAGCACAUCACUGGACCAACAGGAUCCUCCAUGAAUACAAGAAUCUCAGCACGAGUGAGGGCGUGAGCAAAGAGAUGCACCACCUGCAGCGUCUCUUCCUGCAGAACUGCUGGGACAUCCCAACCUAUGGUGCAGCCUUCUUCACGGGCCAGGUCUUCACCAAGGCCAGUUCCAGUAACCACAAGGUCAUCCGUGUCUACGUUGCAGUCAACACCAAGGGGCUGCAUCUUAUGAACAUGGAAACUAAGGUUCUGCACAUUAGCCUGGAGUAUGGCUCUUUCAUGUGGCAGCUGGGACAGGCUGACCAGUACUUCCAGAUUCACAGCCUUGAAAAGAAGAUAAACUUCAUUGUUCACACUAAGCAGGCUGGCCUCAUUGUUAAGCUCUUAAUGAAGUUAAGCGGACAAAUACCACCCAAUGAAAGAAGCGGAUCAGACAAGUAUGCCUAUGGAUGAAUUUAGAUAUGAGCAAUUGAAGCUGUAUACUUAAAAACUGGUGUUUUGCUGAAGUAUUUACUGUAAAACAGUGUUAUGAAAAUUCUGUAUAUGACCAUAUGGCACAAACCAAAGCAGUUUUUUUUCCAUUCAGACUUUUUGUUCCCAUCUUCAC